GUCACUUAAUUCACAGUCCAAUUUGUGAACAAAUAAUAUCAAUUUUUCCUCGACUAAUAUGCUCAAGCUCCAUGAUAAUGCUAUAACAUCGCCAAGCGAACAUCACCAUAAAAGCUUAGCACGGACAAACACCUUAUUCGACCUUCUAUAAAAGGGAAAUUUCUGAGUGCUUUCGGUAUAAAUUUAAAUUUGGCUCCGCUCUCCAAUGCUCUUGAGUUACCGACGAAUGAGAACUACCUGGUUUUUAAAUUGUGCAGCUAGGCAAUGCACUGUAACAUGCAGUGAUUUGUAAAAUGCCUAAAGUUAUUUAAAACAAAGAGAAUUCUUUGUCCUGCGGAUAUUACGCAGUAGUUUAAAACUAUAGUUUGGGCAACUUGGCCCACUACAAUAGCUUGUCACUUGAGUAGUGAUACUUGAUUUGUGCGGACGCAUAAGUACCUAGUGCAACCGUUAUUAGAAAGCCAUAGGUGUUACCAAAUAGUUCUGAAGUGUGACAAAAUAGUAAUUUAUUUGAAGUACCUAGAGAACAGCUACUAAAUUGUAAUUGUAUAUGAUACGGUACUAAAUAGUCACGCGUGUAAUCGCUUAUUGUGAUUUAAGUUUGUAAAUUACAAGGUAAGCCAAGAUCAGAGCUAGUAAGUACAAGUAUUAAAAGAAUACGUUGCAGGAAAUUCCCUACAACGUAGGGUGGUUGUGUAGGCUUGCACCAGAGCACCAACCGAACCACGUGCUGCACCGGUUUUUGCGCGCUCCGUUCGUGAGAACCUCUCGUCGACGCUCUCGCUUUUGCAACCCAAAGCCACUCACUAUCCACACGCAUAGAACUGCUCGAACGCCAGCGACGACUAUUCGAAGACGGAAAACAAGUCGUCCGUUUCUCCGGUGGACCGUUUUUGCACACCGACCGUCUUCAGGGGACCUCACGUACCAGUGGUUCCCUAGUUGGUAGCCAAGGAGCAGUCAAGUAUUUGGAAGUUUUAUCUGCGGGUGUGAGUUUCACGUGCGAACGAAAGUCGAGCGAUCGAUGAAUAGCCCUAUGAACACGUGGAGUGCAGCCAAUACCGACCACGUGUUACCAAGCUUGGAAAGCGCAAGGUAAAGCCAAAAGCCUUGAAGAAGGACCGUCGGGGCCCCGAGCAACGCGUCGUGGGACCAACGCCGCCGGCAAGUACCCUUUAGAAGAAGAGAUAGAUUAAGGGAAGAAUUAGCUAGCGAUAAGAGAGUGUUGUGCACGAAUUGGACCAAUAAAGAUUUUUUUUCUAAAACUUCGUGCACUGGUUCCAAAAACGGGCACAUAUUCGGCACUUUUCCAAAAUCGCUACUGAAGUGAGCUUUUAGAUUAUUUUCUUUUUUUUUAAAUUUCAUUGAAUUUUUCUAAUUUUCGUGGGUAAAGAGUUCUCUCAAUUUACAGGGGGCUAAACAGGUGAGUUGGGUCAUUUUUUGGGAGCUCAAGAAUUAGUCAGUGUGUUUGAGCCAUUCAAAGACUCGCCCUAGAAGAGGGUCUCAAAGCCGGGACCUAAACAGCAUCAGCAGUCUUCCUAAACCCAGGAAGUGGCGCAUAAGCUGCUGUUUGUGGUAAGCUUUAAACAUUACGUUACAUUCUGGCGCCCAACGUGGGGCCCACGAGCUAAAAGUUUAGUCGAAUUAGAAACAAAUUGAUGUGAAUUAAAAUUUUUUUGAAUGAACUCGAAUUAAAAAAAAAUAGGUGAAUAGUUGAAUUUGAUUUUCGGUUUUGGGUUUGGUUAGAAAUAGGUCUUAGAAGUAUACAUUUUGUUCUGUGACUAAAUUAAGUUUAUAUAUCUUAUAUUUUUUUGAUUUUUUUUUUGAAUUUAUUUGUUUUGCUGUUUUUUGUACGUUCACUAUUUUCAUUUUUUUUGAUUUCCAACAAAGAUGAUGGAAACCUACCGCAUUUAUGCGAAGGAUUUGGAGGAGGAUGAGGUUGACUAUGAGUUGACCAUACGUGGGUACCCGUUAGAGGGUCCACUUGAAACUCGUUACCGAGCACUACGAUUGGCUUUACGUCAACCCGAAGACGAAGACGCGGUGUUGAACACUGAGUACUCGUUGCUUGGAGAUUUUGUGGUUGUGCCAAUCAAGCUGAAAGAAAUUGAAACUCAGUUAGAAACCGAUGAUCUGAAGUGUUUUUCAAGACUUGUGCAUUACCAUAAGAGAGUGCGACGUUAUGUCCCCGAUACCGAUCAGCAACGCCGGAAUCAGGAAGAAUUGUUGGACGUGAUAGUGCGAAUGGUUCGUAAGUAUUACAACGUCGAUCUUCAGACAGCCGCGGAUCGAGUACCAGUAAUGCGGUUAGAGACGAAUCCAUCAGAGGUCGUAGGAGCGACCGGUGGUGGUGUGCAACCGAAGAUUUCGUUUUUGCCUUCCUCAUCACAUCGGGACGCUGGAGAACUUGCCGCUAUGGCUGGUGCCGGUAUGGCGGGAACACCCGUAAGGACGAGACUGUCGAACGUCUCGUUGCCUGCUGUUGAAACGGAGUUGAUAAGUUUUUCAGAAGACCGGCCCCAGGGAACUCCAAAAGAGACAAGCCGGAAAGAAUCAGGCUCUGGAGCUGUUCGGAAGCAGCCGCCGGUUAGCGACACCCGAAGGGUCGGAGGUGAUGUUUUUGACCUGGAUAAACUAAGUAAACCCGUUGGCCACGAGGAACGAGGUGGCGUUGAGGAUCGUUCGCGGAUGGUCACGACGCCCGGAGCAGCGGCAGGAAGGGUUCCAGCUGGUCCAGUUGAAUUUCGGAACCCGUUUCCACCACUUCGUUUUGAUUCUCAGUGGGAGACGCCCGAAUUCAAAAGCAAUAUCCCGAGCAACUUGUUGGCACCGGAACAAAAUCCGGUUGGCCACGAGCGCAAGGCUCCAGUUGAGACGCAGCGCCUACGUAGCCCAUCGAUCCCGACAAAACCGAUGUGUAAACCUGAGGAGAGUAAAGUAAAUCUGAAUGAGUUUGUGCAUAAAUCGGAGAUUCAAGGAUAUAUCCAGGAGUACAUCAAUAAAGUGUUAGCUCCAGAACGUUAUGGGCCUGAGGUGAAGCAUCGGCCGAUCGACACAAUAGUGGAUAGAAUCGCCAAUAUUGGAAUUCGGGAUCCGGAGGUUUCGCAGAUAUCCAGAGCGGCGAUUCCACGUCAGGAAAUAAAUUUGGAACCCCCUCUGCAGCAAACGGAAGGACUACCCUUCACUAGUGAAGGACGAAGGCCUAACCUACAUUAUAAUACUGGAGUGGGAUACGGGCAAUCGAGUACCACGCCACCUCUAAUCUCUCCGGUCAAUACAGGAGGAAUGCCGCCUUAUACGCAGCCGAAUAUGAUGGGGUCAAACCAUCACGUCGGUGGAGGUUGGCCACCCUAUACUGCUCAUCGAAGACUGCCUCAUCAAACGUGUAAUAUCAUCGAGAAAUGGCCGAAGUUUUCGGGAGACUCUAAUCCGGUUCCAGUGGUAGACUUUUUGCGACAGGUUGAAAUACUGAGUCGAUCGUACCAAGUAACACCAGACGAACUCCGCAUGCACGCUCAUUUGCUGUUUAAGGACGAUGCUUACGUCUGGUUUACCGCAUACGAAAGUCAAUUGGCCACCUGGGACAUGUUGUUAGUUUAUUUGAAAAUGAGGUACGACAAUCCAAAUAGGGACAAAUUCAUCCGAGAAGAGAUGAGGAAUCGAAAACAGAGGCCUAACGAACUGUUCAGUGCUUAUUUGACAGACUUAGAGGCGAUGUCACAAAGAAUGACUCGGAGAAUGACGAAUGAAGAGAAAUUCGACAUUAUCGUGGAGAAUAUGAAGCUGUCAUAUAAGCGAAGAUUAGCUCUGGAACCAGUCAACUCUAUUGCGCAUUUGGCGCAAUUAUGUUACAGAUUUGACGCUUUGGAAACAAACUUGUAUAAUCCCAGGACGGGAAUUAAACCUGCUGUGAAUGCUAUUGGUUAUGACAACGAAUCGGAUAGAGAACCGAAUGAUGAGGAGGAAACUUGUCUACUAGCUCUACAGACCAAAACUUUCAAAAAAGGAGGUGCGAAUGUUUCAUCCACCAACCAAACAGCGAGAGAAAAUAAUCCUUUACUGUGCUGGAACUGUCGCAAGAGUGGACACAUGUGGAGAGACUGUGAUCGUAAGAAGAGUAUUUUCUGCCAUAUCUGCGGAAUGCAGGAUACAACGGCUUAUCGCUGUCCAGAAAAUCACAAUUUUAAACCUCAAGACUCGUCGCCUGAGGUAUCAAAAAACGAGUAGGAUCAGGG